AUGGCUGCCACCAGCUCCGCGCUCCUCCUCCUCGCCCUCGUGGCCCUGGCUGGCCUCGUCGAUCUGCAGGCCUUCGCGGCCGCCCCGAUGCCCGCUGACGAGGCAGAGGUCUCCUUGGCGGCGGCGACGACGACGGGCAUGGCGGAUCCGGAGCUGGACGGGACGAUGCAGUGCCUGAUCGGGUGCUUCACGACGAUUCUGGGCUGCGCCUUCAAGUGCCUGCGCACGCGCAAGGGCAUUGACCUGCCGCUCUGCGUCAUCGGCUGCAACGACAGGGGCAUUGUCUGCAUGUUCAGCUGCGGCAAGCCACCUUCGCCGCCGGGUCCCAAGCCCACGCCACCACCUGCUCCCACACCCACGCCGCCACCUGCUCCCACACCCACGCCGCCAGAGCCGCCGGCUCCCACACCAACGCCACCAGCGCCGCCUGCUCCAAAACCCAAGCCGCCGCCUGCUCCAAAACCCAAGCCGCCGCCCCCCAAGCCGACGCCACCCUAUCCACCACCUGCGCCCACCCCCACCCCCACCCCCACGCCGCCGGUGCCCCCCACCCACCCAGCCCGCCGCCUUACGCCGAUGGAGACCUCCAACGACGGCGACAAUUACCUUGCAUGA